CGCCAUCACCCCUCCAACAUAAUCACCAUCACAACAACGAGCACCACCACCCCCAUCACCACCACCCCCAUCGCAGCAGCAGCAGCAGCAUCAUCAUCGUGGUGAUGUUGAGGCGAGAGCGCGUGAGGAUGUCGGAGCGGCUGGAGGCGACCGUGGCGGGCCUCUGCGAGCUGCGAGUCCUGCGGGAGCGCCAGGACCGCCUCGUCCACUGCGAGUUGACGGCCGCGCGGGGCCCCCAGCCCGAAACGUCGGAGUCGCCGGGGUCGAGCCCGGGGGGGGUCCCGGGGCCGCGGUGCCACGGAGCGGCCGCUGGGAGAGGCGCUCGAGCUGCUGCGGGAUCAGCUGCGCUCCCUGCGCCGUCGUGACGCCAGCCUCUACCUGCAGCUCAAGAGUCUGGGGGACCGCCUCGGGGAGAUGGGACUCGGUGGCCCCACACAAGCGCUCGAUCGGCGGCGAGAGGAAGCCAUGUUCGAGCAGCUAGGCGAGGAGAGGCCUGGGCGCGUCACGCAGGCCCCGCCACGGGGGCCGGGCGGAGCUGAGAGGCGGAGCAGCCGGAGGAGGCCGAGCUCCGGUUUCUCCGAGUGGAGCGGAGGGCCCGAUCGCCGCGUCGGCUCCGAAUCCGACGAAUCAGAGGCCAGCGACGAGCAGGUCACGACCCCGGGCAGCUGGGAUCACAGCGAUCCUGCAUCCCCGGUGAGCCCCGGCACACGCCGCUUCGCUCGGGACGUGCCCAGCCUGGACGGCUCGGGGCUGUACCGCUACCCGAGCGCGCUGCACGCCGUGGCCAUCCAGAGCCCCGCGCUGCUGCUGCUCCGUGACGGCGCAGCCCCCGGCGAUUCCACCAAAUCCGGCGAACCCGGAGGAGCCGGUGCACUUGACACGUCCGGCACGUCCGGCACGCCCCCAACACCUCGCGCGUCUGCCGAUUCCGCCGUCGGCAUGACGUCCGGCAUAUCAAGCCGAUCGAGCACGUCCGGUGAAGCCGGCACAUCCGGCACAUCAUCCGGCACAUCGUCCGGCAGAGCGUGCAUGACUGGAGAAUCCGCUGUCCCUGCCGCAACUUCCACCGAUGGAGGCGCCGCGCCACGCUCCCCGCCGUUUGCCGAGCGUUUCCCGUCGGCCGGCAAGCCGGACGAUUACAUCGCCCGCCUCCUGGAGAGGAGGAAGUGGCGGCAAGCGGCGGCGGCGAAGGCCCCGGCACUCGCCUCGUCGAAGGCCGCCGCCUCGUUCUCCUCCUCGCUGUCCUCGUCGUCGUCAUCGUCCGGCAGGGGCUCCUCCGUGCCGUCUCUCCCGGCCGCGGCGAACGCCGCCACCAGAGACGAGUCCGAGAUGAGCGUGAGGCUGUCGCUGCGCUCCCCCCCUCCUCCUCCUCUCCUCCCGCCUCCCGUCCUCCCGACCACAUCGCUGUUGCCGUCGUCGUCCGGUUCGAAAGCUUCCUUCCCCCCACCGCCACCGGCAGCACCGCUGCCGCUGCCGUCGCCGCCGUCGUCGCCGUCGCCGCCGGUUCGGCGCACGACACGGUUGGUGGCGAGCGUGCCGCCGAUGAAGCACGGCAUCGUGCGCGGCGUCUCGCAGUUCCUCACCGGCGGGCGCCUGCACGCGGGCAAGCGCGCGGCGAACAAACAACAGCAACCGCAACAACAGCGGCAACCGCAGCCGCCGUUGCCGCUGUCGAAAGCCGCCGUGCGCCGCUGCAAGUCGGCGUCGCUCGACCGCGUCGCUGAGUGGCGGCCGCCGCCGCCCAUCGAGUCGGCGCCAUUCAAACGCGCCACCACGUUCGGGGCGCCGGGCCGGAACAGGGGCGACGGCGGAGGCGGUUUUGGCGGUGGCACUGGGCGUCCGCUCAUCUCCGCGUCCUCCCGCUCCAUCUGGGAUUUCUUUGCCGCCGAGAGGGGGAAGAUGGCGGCGGCGGCGGCCGCGGCCGCGACCGAGUGCGCGGACUACGCGGUGCCGCUGUCCGUGCACCGCCUGUGCCGGGCCGGCGACGUCGGCGAAGGCGGGGACUGGGCGCCGCUCGUCGGCGGAAGCUGCGGCAGCUGCUGCUGCUGUUGCGAGGAAGUGACGAGCUGCGGCUGCCCGGGGUCCUGUGACGGCGACGAUGGCGGCGACGGCGACGAUGGCGGCGACGGCGACGACCGCUGUUACCCCAGCGCCGCUGGUUUCCACGACAACCGCUUCGGCAGCGGAGCACCCCUGCAAGGGGAUGCCGGUUUCCAUGGCGACGGCUUUUGUUUUAACGAUGGCGGCGGCGGAAACAGUUUCCGCGGCAACAGUUCCCAUGCCAACGGUUUUCGCGGCGACGGUUUCCACGCUGACGGUUUCCACGCCAACGGUUUCCCCCGCGGCGGUUUCCAAGGGCACAGUUUCCACGGCGUCGCCAAGCUCCCCCGCGGCAGCAACGGUCUCCGCGGCAACCAGAUGUACAUGGGUAGCGCCAGUUGCCUCAGGGACGGUUUCCUAGGAGACGGUAACCGUGGUGGCGGCGACGCCUGGUGCCAUGGCGAUGCGAGGCCGUCGCAAGGCAAGGCGAGCAUGGGGUUUGGACCGGGCUGGGGGCGGCCGGGCGCCGGAGGGGCGGGGCUGCAGGCCGACGGUGGCUGGUGGGGGGCCGUCCCCGACGGCGUGGGCGUCGUGGGGGGCCGGCCCAACGGGCUGGGGCCCCAGGUGAGCGUGGCCCACGUGGUGCCCGUGGGGCCGGUGGGGCUGGAUGGCCCCGCCGCGCGCAGGAGGGCGCUGCUGCGGUGCCACUCGGUGGAGCCGGCGCUCACCACCACCGUCUGAAGCGGCCGCCAUUGCUCCCCGCAUCUCCUGUCGUGACUCCCGUCGUGACUCCCGUCGUGUCUCCCAUCGUGUCUCCCUGCGAGUCUUCCGGCACGGUCUUUGAAUCUUAAUGGAUGUCCCUGGAUGUCCCUGUGUGUCCCUGGAUGUCCCUGAGUCUCUCCAAACUCGCUGGGUAUCCAUGGGGUUGUCUCGAGGUAUCUUCAAAGUUUGGGGUAUCUCUGGGUCUACAGUAUUCUCGAAUCCCCAAUCUUCCUAAGUGUCCCUGACUGUCUCUGGGGAGUCUGGAGUGUCUCCAAGUCUCCCUUGGGUCUCCCUCUCUAUCUCUCUCGAGGUGUCCAAGGCUUUCUCCAAAUGUCUUGGACGUGUCUCUCGAUGUCUAAUCAUCUGGCGGCUGUACACCCAAAGGUGUUUGUGUGUUUUAGACCUCCUUGGAUGUCUCCGGGUGUCCCGGAGUUUUAGUUUAUUUGAGUGGCUACACGGACGAUGACGCUGAUGAUGACGAUGAUGAUGAUGAUGACGACGAUGAUGACGAUGAUGACGACGAUGAUGACGACGAUGAUAAUGAUGACGACGAUGACGACAAUGAUGAUCCCACCGUGUAGCCGAAUUUGCCUGGCUAUUUCACAAAAGGGAGGUCCGUGAUUCCUGCACGAGCACAGCAACAACAACAAUAACAACAACAACAAACAUCAUCAACGUUGCAGAGAGCGAGUACACAGCAGGGCCCUUUGGGGAACAUUGCACAGCUUACGUACGGGGUAAUUUCACGGUCGUAAAAACGAAUCCAACAACAAACCAGCACACUCGGUGCAAACGCAAUGUGAGAGCCAAAGAUGCGGCUGAAGAAAAUAAAAUGUCAAGGUGCAGGUGGUGCGAGCAAGCUAUCUCUCUCUCUGUGUGUGCGUGUUUUUUUUUUUGCUUAAUAGGGAAAUACAGAGGGGAGGGAGCUGUAGUGAAGGGAGGUAACCAAAGGGGAUUCCAGAAACGGGGAGCAGCAACACGAAGUUUUGUAAGUUUGAGUAAAAACUCUAAGGGCCCACUGAGCUACGUAGCUCUUUUUCAGAAGCGGCCUGGCGAUCACAAACGAUAGCUCAACGAAGUAGUGGCCUAUCGCCGCGUGGACAUUUCUAGCCGCAGACAAAAAUACUCUUAAUCGUGUGGUGACGUUGAUUCUAUAAAUGUGGCGCGCAGGACCCAGAGAAAAAUCCACGCGACCACAGGGAGGGAGAGAGAGAGACACCGCAAACUCCAAAUAUAAAGCAGCAGGCGUCAGGGUCAGGA